UGGUAUCUCAUUGUAGGCCUGGCUUUCAAAAGUACAACUCAUAACUUACAUUGUAUUGAUGUGUGACUGCAAUACAAUAUCUAUUGAAAUUGAUCUCUCAUUUUGAAGAGACACAACACGUGUCCACCCAAAUAGGUUUUAGUGAUAUUUAUUUAGCCAUCAAUUGAUGAUCCAUUAAAUCAAUGAUGAAACUCUUAACGCCGCUCUUCAUGUGUUUGAUUGUUGGUCUGUCGGUGACUUCAUCGCCGACGGCAACAACAGUUGUUGAUCAGUCAGAUUUGGAUCGCAUGAAGAGUGCCGUCCAGUUGUCAUCUCCCGUGUCGUCCAAUUCAUUGUCGACUCUUUAUUACUCAAUUCUUUCGCAGACAUUACUGUCGCAAACCAUUAGUCAAUCGGCGGACGUUUGCAAUCAUUUAAAGACAAUAAAAGACCAAACAUUGGAAAGCAUUUAUUACAUUACAUCCACAGCUAAACUAUUGACUAAUUGUCAGUUAAAUAGUGCACAAUAUAUGACAAAACUAGAGCCCGUCAUCAAAGAGGACUCAUCAGUGCUGGACAUAUACCGAGCGGCCAUUUCAUUGUUGAAUUUGGGUAAACCUCUGGACUCAACAAAAGUUUCCAAAGCAUUGAUGUCAUCUCUUAAAAAGGAUGAAUCACUUUUAAAUACUGGUCUCACCUUUCAAUUGGCCGCUAAGUUAUCUAAAGCUGAGGACAGAAAUAGUUUUGUCGAAAAAAUUGGUGACAUUAUUGUUCAGGCAGAUGAAGUUGAUGGAAGAUUCUUGCAGUUUGAAGGCGGACUCGGCAUUACUGCCAGCAUUAUUACCGGUGUCUAUCAAUUGGCCACUGCUAGUAAUAAACCCGUCGGUUUAACAAAUGAUCAGGCAUUGAAAUUUGCAAACUAUUUCUUGUCACGAAAAUAUGUUUUGACACCAAAAGGCAUCUCUGAGUUGCUUGAAGUCCUUAAACUCUUUACAAAUAACAAAUACCACAUUCCAGUUGUGAUCACAAACUACGGUUCCAGUGCUCUUUCGCCCACUAAUUCAGUUUUAACUGUCAGAGUAACUAACGUUUUGGGCGCUUCAUUGGGUCCUCUUUCAGUGACUAUUGACAAAGCCGUGAGAGUCGAUGAUAAGAAUGUGAUAUUGUCUAAGAAACCUUUUCAGGGUGUUCAAGGGGACAGCAAAUUAUUUGCAAUAAAUUUUUUGGAAUCGAAACCAAUGAGAGGACAGUAUGAUGUGUCAGUGAGUGCCACUCCUACUAAAGCUGAUCCACGUCUUAUCGGAAACACUGGCGUUCAGAUUAAAGUUAUUGUUUUGACACAAGUCUCGAUUGCCAGCGCGGAGAUCACUGUUGCCGAUCGAGACACUGGUGGCAGUGGUGCCGUUACAAAACUCGAAUAUCCGAAUACAGUGCGAAACCCAUUGGAGGCGGACACACAACAAAGGAUUGUCGUUAAGUUUCAAUUACGCGAUAAAAUAGUUGGUGACCUUAUGACAGCUCACCAGACAUUUGUUCAAUUUGUUAAUAUUAAGACAAAACAAGAGAUUGUUUUUAUUGCUGAACCGGAUUCAGUACUAAAUUAUAAACUUGACUUAAAUUUAUUGACAAAAGCCAAAGAUUUGAAUUAUGUUAACGGAGUGUAUGACAUAUUGAUUAUCAUCGGUGAUGCCGUCAUUUCUAAUCCUAUCCAAUGGAAGAUUGCAUCCAUUAAUCUUCAACUCUCUUCUGUCACGUCAUCAUCUGAAACCACCGAAACAGUCUCACCGUUUGUCCCAAAACCAGAGAUCAAGCAUUUGUUUAGAGAACCUGAGAAGCGUCCGGCGCUUAUCAUAUCAAAUGCCUUUUCGAUUCUUGUAUUGAUUCCAAUUGUGAUUCUUUUCGGACUCUGGCUGAAAAUUGGAGUCAAUCUUUCAAACUUUCCCUUUUCAUUAUCAGCGCUUGUGUUUCACACAGGAUUGGCCCUUAUAUUUGGACUCUAUAUAUGUUUUUUCCUUAAACUAGAUAUGUUUCAAACGUGUAAAUACUUGGCGGGUCUCGGAGUUAUCACUUUUCUUGCGGGACAUUCAUUGUUGGCCCGAUUGGCCAAAAAUAGAAAGCAAUAACUUAUUUGUUUUAAUUAAAUAUUUUCACAUUUUUAAUUACAUAAUUUAAUGUAUUAUUUUUGUUUUAAUUUAAUUUGUCAGAUAAUAAAAUUUA